AAUAUGAGUUUUUAUUUGUUCUUAUGUAAUUUUCAUUAUUUAGAAAUCGAUUUCAAAAACCGGUAACAAGGAACGAUGCGUCAUGAGCAUCACUAUUAUUUUACACUGUCAUUACCAGUGAGUGCUCUUGUAAUUACUGUCAGUUUUGACAACCUGUGUUACGUUGUUUGAUUGAUUGAUUUCUUAUUCGUUUCGUGAUAAAUCUCAUGAGUUGUUGAUUUUGAAAACAUUGAGUCAUUAAUUAAUUUAUUUGCUAGUAAUAUACUAUAUCGUAAAUAUAUUAAAUCAAAUCCUAGCUCAUUCUAAUCGUAGUAUUCGUUUUAGUGCAUCAUCGAGAUCUCGUUUGUUUACUAUAGCAAAAAAUCGCUAUAUCUCUCAAAAACCUCUUUAAUUACCAUACUAACAUGAGUAAAAAGCCCAUAUCAUUCGGCAAAAUCAGUUUCAACAUCGCCAAAGCACCCGAAAAUACUAAAAAUGUAGAAAACAGCCCAGAUACAUCCACCUCAGGUUUUGGAACAUUUGGUCGCACUCCGAUACAGGAGCAGAAGGAGAUUGACGAAAUAACGGAUGAUUUGGAGAGUCAGCAUGUGCAGCAAGUGAUGGGGAUCAAGAAUUUCGGGAAGAAGGCUAAGAAUUUCAAUGUGGAAGAGAUGUUGGAACAGGCUAGGAAGACCGCACAAGAGGUGAGCAAAAAGAAGUUAGAAGAGGAAGCUGCCAAAGCAGCAGCGGAACCUGAGGAGACUCCUCCUGACGAAGAAGAAGAAGACAUCAUUGGCCCACUGCCACCACCUGCCAGUGAGAUCGGCCCACCACCAGUGGAGAAGAGUAAGAAGGAUGGAGAAGACAGUGACGAUGAGCUCAGUAGUUCUGAAGAUGAGGAGGAACUGAGUUUAGAGAAAAGAAUACCUAAUAGUCAUGAGGUAGAAAUGCUGCACGGCACCAAAGCGGUGGUAGCUCUAGCAGUAGACCCGUCUGGCGCCCGCUUGGCCACAGGAUCCGUUGACUAUGAAGUCUCCUUCUGGGAUUUUGCAGGAAUGGACUCCUCAAUGCGUUCCUUCCGCACCCUUCAACCCUGCGAGUCGCAUCCGAUCCGGGCACUUCAGUAUUCCGCUACAGGAGACUCCAUCCUUGUAGUGAGCGGGUCUGCUCAAGCGAAGGUCCUGGACCGAGACGGCUUUGAGAUACUCGAGUGCGUAAAGGGAGACCAGUACAUUGCUGAUAUGGCUAGGACGAAAGGCCACACGGCGGCCCUGAACAGCGGCUGCUGGCACCCGCACACGCGCGACGAGUUCCUGACGUGCGCGCAGGACGGGACCCUCCGCCUGUGGCGCGCCGCCGCGCCGCGCCAGCACCGCGCCGUCAUCAAGCCGAGGCAACAGAGCGGCCUCAAGACCAACCCCACCGCCUGCGCUUUUUCUAGAGACGGUAACACUGUCGCUGCUGGCUGCUUCGAUGGCUCCAUCCAAAUGUGGGACCACAGGAAAAACUUCGUCAACACAUCAGUUUUGCUCAGAGACGCUCAUCAAAAACAAACCGAAAUUUCGAGCAUAGCUUACUCCUAUCUAGGAUCCUAUCUCGCGAGCAGAAGCAACGAUGAGACCUUAAAACUAUGGGAUUUAAGGAACUUUAAGAAACCGCUUCAUGUCUUUGAUAACCUAUUUUCAAGAUACGAACAAACUGAUUGCUGUUUCAGUCCGGAUGAUGCUAUGGUAUUCACCGGAGAGUCUCUACAAAGAAACCAAGAAGUCGGUCGACUUAUAUUUUACAAUACUAAGACUUUUGAAAAGGUUACCGAGAUUGGUGUAUCCAAAUCACAUGUUAUUAAAGGUAUUUGGCAUGCGAAAUUAAACCAAAUAUUUGUCAGUUGUGGCAACGGAGUCGUCAAAUGUUAUUAUGAUCAGAAGCGAAGUUUAAGAGGUGCUAAGCUAUGUAUAGUGAAAACACAUAGAAAGAAACACUCCGUAGAAGUAGUAAGCUCUCAACAGAUAAUCACUCCUCAUGCUUUACCUCUGUUCAGACAAGAGAAGUUAAGAACUAGCAAGAAGAAGAUGGAAAAAGAAAGGUUAGACCCGGUGAAAUCUCAUCGGCCUGACUUACCGAUAACCUCUGGGCAAGGUGGUAGAGUUGCUGCCUCCGGUAGUACUCUCAGUUCAUUUGUGAUCAGGAAUCUAGGGUUAAGUAAACGCGUAGAUGAUGACCAAGACCCGAGGGAAGCCAUUUUGAAGUACGCUAAGGAUGCAGAGGAGAAUCCGUUCUGGGUCGCUCCGGCUUAUAAGAAGACUCAGCCGAAACCGAUCUUUCAGAAUGGAGAUGAGGACGGACCUUCGGAUCCCAAGAAAUCGAAAACAUAAUUUAAAAAAUAAA